UGCACUUACGUCUUAACUGUCACUGUACGGAACUGACCCGUCAGUUGUAAAGGUAUUAAACUAGACCUCGGUUCUCUAUUACCGUCACAAAGUCGUGUCAUUGUCAGGGAUAAACUGUCAAAUGCUAUCAGUAAAAUUAAAAUUUUAAUUUUAAGUUUAAAUUCUUAUAUUUUCUACAAAUUGCGUUCAAAAACUGGAUCAAAAUUUGAAUGCGGUGUUUUGAACUGAUUAAUUUUAAAAAAUAAUUUCAUUGCCGGCUGGAAUUUCAUCCUUAUGCAUUGAAGAUUAUAAAGAUGUAGACGUUUGAAUCUUCACACGAGUGUUUUUGAGAAAUCGUUCAGUUGAGAACAAAAAACGGUUCUUCUAUGCUUGCGGAAAAUACUGAUUUUUACAUUUGGUUAAAAAAUAGGCAGAAAAAUAAAGUAUCAUAAAUGAACAAAAUGACAACCGUGUCCCUGUAUCACUGGAUAUUGUUGACCGUCAUGAUGGGAAUCACGUCGGAAAUAAAAGCGAUGCCGUUGGCGGAUAAUGCCGACCACGACUUGAACCCUUUGAUAUCUCGUGAGACUGUCAUGGUGCCACGCACGGAGAUCCAAGAGGGUCAGUUAGAACUCGAAGUUCGUGACAAAAGGCAUAUUCAAGACUCUAACGAAACACCUGAAAUACUUAUCAAUAAAACCCAAAGUAAUGAAACAUCUUUUGAGGACUACGAAAAAGAAUACCUUAUAAAUCUGAACAUGGAAUUAUUAGAGCAGUUUUUACAUUAUGAUAGUUAUUUAAAACAUUUGAAGGAGGAUAAUUCUUCAAAUAAGGACGGAUCCACUACAGCUAGUUCAGCAGUGCCGCCAGAUCCACCAACGCCUUUGCCGCAUUCUGGGGACCACACAACACCAGACGUUCGCGUAGAUAAUCGCAUCCUUGAACAAAAGAUUUCAGAGCUGAGAGGAAUGUCGGUGAAUCAGUUGGAAAGUGUGUUUCACAGUCUUCACAGAGCAGCAAAAGACGGCGUAGAAGACCCUGGCAUAACAAGCUUGUGUUGUAAUAUCGGCUAACUUUCCCGUGCAAACGCGUGCUAUAAUAUCAGUUGACUUCACGUGCAAGCUCGUGCUACGUAAAUGUGCAAGCUUGUGCUAUAAUAAGAGCAACUUCAAUACUGGUUAACUUUCAGUUGUUACCUUAUACUGUAAUAUGAACAAACAAGUCUAUGCCUCAAAUACAUUUAAGAUGUUUUAGCUUUCCUAAAUAAAGUAUAUAGAAACAGGAAAUAAACGUUGUGUACUGGUAUACAGGAAAAUGGCGCGAAAAAGGGUAGUCGCAGAAUGGCUGAUUCAAACAGUUCUUAGUAUUUUUGCUCUGUAGAGAUAUUUUCCGUAUUGUCCUUUAGGCAGCAUUUUCAUAAUGAAAUGAUAGCAUGACAGAAUUUGACAUGGAGACUUAGGCCGUACAUCGCUACUUCUAUUCGAGGUCUCAUGUUUAGCUGAUUUUACAGUUUGUGUUUUUGACUGAAAAUAUUUUUCUUACAUCAAGCAUGAUUGAUUUUCAUUCAGCACUGACAAUAUUCUUCAAGAAAAUUUAAGUUCAUACCUAUUAUAUUGUAUUAAAUAAAAAAGAUGACACCGCUUGUUAUAUGCAUAAGUAAACAUGUUUGUCCUUGUCGCAUUUCCAUUAAUUUCUAUUGUCUCAGAAAUAUAUCUGCUAUUCUUCCAUUGGAUGUCGUGACCAGAGACGUCUUCUAUAAGGAAUACAGCAGUAUUGCUAAACUCUGCGAACGUAUCUUGUUUUAAAGCAUUUUACAAACGGGUUGGACAUAAUGUCUCACAUUGUGUAAAUUAUAACUAGUGUAGCUAUGCUUCACAUUAAACAUUUCUCGUAGAAUUAGACAUACAUUGAAUGUUUUUAGAUACUAACGACGCUUCCCUUUGCGGGAAUAGAUCUAUAUGAUUGUACGUAAUAUAUUAUAGUAUAUGAUUCACAUAAUGAACUUAUUUAUUUAUAUGUACAAAUGCAUGCUUUUGUUUUCCGAAAAAAUAAAUUUGUUAUUAUA